GCGGCUCGGGCGGGGUGGGCAUCCCGGCUGGCGGGCGGGGGGCGGCGGGACGCGCGCUCAGCGGCCACUCUCCUGCCCUCUGCCCAGCAGGACCCGAUGAUAGCCGGACACGUCCGUAAGCCCUGGCCGGCGGCGCCCACCGAGAUGAACGCGGAGCCGAGCGGGGAGGACGCGGCCGCGCCCCCCGAGGAGCCAAGCGAGCCCCUGGCCGCACCCGCGGACCCCGAGGACGGCGAGGACGCCCCCCGCGCGCGCCCCGGGGCCAGAGGAAACCCGGCACUCUCAGACCCAGGGACUCCAGACCAACCCCAGGCCAACCAGACCCACCCCCCAUUUCCGGUGGGUCCACAGCCACUUCUAACAGCACAGCAGUUAGCCUCUGCUGUAGCUGGUGUGAUGCCAGGAAGCACCCCAGCUCUCAACCAGCCCCUCCUUAUCCCCUUCAACAUGGCUGGACAGCUCGGAGGGCAGCAAGGACUGGUCCUCACACUGCCAACAGCAAAUCUCACCAACAUCCAAGGGCUGGUAGCCGCAGCUGCAGCUGGAGGCAUCAUGACUCUUCCAUUGCAAAAUCUACAAGCUACCUCACCCCUGAACUCGCCGCUGCACCAGUUCCAGCAGCUGCAGCCACCGCCCGCCGCGCCCCCGGGCCAGCAGCAGCCUCCCGCCUCCCAGCCCGCCGCGGCCCCCAGCCAGCCCCACCCGCCCACGCCGCACCCGCCGCCCCAGAACCAGAACCAGAACCAGAACCAAGCAUCCCCGAGCCAGCAGCGCGCCAGCCCGCCUCAGAAGCCCACGCAGUCCCCGGGCUCGGGCCUGGCGCCCAGCCCCCUGCAGCUGGUUAAUAAUCCGCUAGCAAGUCAGGCUGCAGCGGCUGUCGCGGCAGCCAUGGGCUCCAUAGCCAGCUCACAGGCCUUUGGCAAUGCCCUCUCCAGCCUUCAGGGGGUCACGGGUCAACUAGUUACUAAUGCACAAGGACAGAUCAUUGGAACUAUUCCUCUGAUGCCCAGUCCAGGACCCUCAAGUCAAGCUGCAAGUGGCACGCAAGGCCUUCAAGUGCAGCCCAUCACCCCCCAGCUCCUGACGAACGCCCAGGGUCAGAUCAUUGCCACAGUCAUCGGGAACCAGAUCCUGCCUGUGAUCAACACCCAGGGCAUCACGCUCUCUCCCAUCAAGCCCGGUCAACAGCUCCACCAACCCCCCCAGACGUCAGUGGGUCAAGCAGCAUCCCAAAGCAGCCUCCUGCACCUGGCUCACAGCCAAGCCUCCAUCUCUCAAAGCCCCGUCCGACAGGCUUCCUCUUCUUCCUCCUCAUCCUCCUCCUCUUCAGCUUUGAGUGUGGGCCAGUUAGUCAGCAGUGUCAAAGGAAAUAAAAGAGAGCGUGCCUGUAGGCAGAUGGGUGUAUGCACACCCUGA